CUUUUGACUAUUUGUAUAUAUUUUCAAGUAUUUUGGAUAUUUUAAAAAUAUCUUAUAUAUUUUGAAUGUUUUUAAUAGACAAUAAAUCUAAAAUAUUUUUAUAUAAAGGGGUAUAUAUCAAUUUCGGAUAUAUUCGGAUACUCGGAAUACUUCGGUUUGGGUCGGAUUCGGUUCCGGUUCUUUAAAUACUAAAAUUUUGAACCCAUUCGGAUAUUUAAUCAAUUUCGGUUCGGAUUUAAUACUAUUUUUUCGGGUCGGAUUUGGUUCGGUUCUUUGGAUUCAGAUUUUUUGCCAGGCCCUAGUAAUGGGAGAAAAGGAAAAUGUAAUUGUUAUUGGUUGACUCUUGACUUAUCUAUAGUUUCCAUACCAAAAAGUAAACGAGCACGACCUACGUGCCAUGCUCUAAAUCAGGAAUCAAGACAAACUAAUUAGUACUAGUGGGAUUAUAGACUAUAUAUAGAGGAAUACCCAAAGUAUAUAAAACAAAGAACAUCUUUCCCUUUUAAUAUCUACUGCUUUUUUCCAUAGAUAAUAAAAAAGAUCAGCCAGUUUUGUAGUUAGUGUAUUUCAACUAAUUACAGGAAGACAUAAUUAUUUUAAUUUUUGUGUACUUUACUAAAGAUAAAGAGUGAAAUAAUAUUCGAAAGUUAACCAUAGUCCGAAUUUAUUUAGCAAAUAAGUAUAUGAUAAUAUAGAUGAAAAUUAGGGUGAGUUAGUUUGUUUAUCAAAUGGACUAUAAUAUGUUUUUUUCCCCAAAUAAGAAUCGGCAAAUGAGAAUCAUUCUUAACAGGAUCGCCCAUUUUAGUAUACACCCCUGUGGGCAUGACAUUUGCAUAAAACAUUAGAUUAAAUUGUUGAGAGAAAAUGCUUGUUAGUAUAAAUACCAUUAAUUUGGCAACACAUACAUUAACCAAAUCAAGAAAACAUACACCAAACUAUCAGGUUGCUCCAAUAGAGCCAUGUCUCGUGUCCUACUUUUCCUCAUCGUUUCGUUGGUGGCUUUGGUUGGAUCAAUUAAUGGACUAACGCCGUGUGGAUCAACUCCCACAGCUCCUAAUUGGAAGAAUCAGAUGGAAUCCACCGAGGAAUCACAACGUGAAUUGGGAAGGAUGGGUUUGGAGUGCAACACCGAAGGGUACACAGGUGGUUCGGGUUCGGGUUCUGUCUCUGCUGCCAGUGCUGUCUUCGGACUCUUCCUCUUGCUUUUCAUGAUAUUUGGUGUCGCCGCGGGGAUCUGGUGCGUGUGUGUCCAGAGGCAAAAGACUAUAAACGCAGCCAACAUCAAUAACUUUCCAGGUCAAGUGGUAGGAGCUCAGGUGGCUCAUGAAACUGAUCUCAAGACAGUUCAAAAGGGAGAUGCUGGUUAUAAAGUUUGAUUCGCACUUGUUCAUUUUAUCUUAUUGGUUAUGUCUUUUACUCAUCAUGCUACGCACUCUGUUGGUUUGGCUAAACUCAACGCUUCAGCUUAUUUUAAGGCUGAACAAACAUUUUCAUCUUCU